AUGAGGCCUUUAUUGGAGAUUUUGAAUUGGGGUAGUGAGUCACUUAAGGCAGAAGCUUUAGGACUUUUGGAGAAGGUUUUUGUGUCAAAGGAAAUGGUGGAGUACUAUGGAAUGACGGCGAGAUCGCGACUAGUUUGCUUGACUGGAAAUAAUAUAUACGGGGAUGGCCAUCUCAAAAGGAAAGCUGCUAAGGUAUUGUCAUUGCUUGAACGUUAUUCUAAGUCUUCAUCAUCUGCUAUUUCUGGAGUUUUGGAGUGA